UUUACGCUGUCCUUCACGUGACCUUUAGCGGAAGGAACCCACGUGCGUCGCUUGUGUCGUAAACACUCUUCAUAACAAAACGGCAAAGGUGCCUGGCUCGCUGUUAUAGCUGGGAUUUUUUUAUUUUAAAAUUUAUUUUUACAAUGUCGAGGAGAGUUCUAUAUCCUUUGUAUCAGUUCGGCAACCCACAGCUGAGGAUCUUCCGGCCCAACUUCUUUCUUACCCUUGUGAGACCUGGCAAGGAACAGCCUCCUGACACCGUGCAGUUUCGGAUCCCGAUGGAGAUGACGAAGUGUGAUGUGAAGAACUACCUGGAGAAGAUCUACAGCGCACCGGUGGCAGCCGUACGGACCAGGAUACAGUACUGCACUAACAAGAAGAGGAAUCACUUAAAUCAACGGGUGAAGAGGCCAGAUUACAAAGUAGCAUACAUCCAGUUGGCCCAGCAGCAGACGUUUCAGUUCCCGGACAUCUUUCCCAGAAAAGAUGGCGAGCCAGAGGAGGGGUCAAUGGAGGCCAUUCAAGAGAAGUUCAUGAAGGACGAGCAGCAGCGGCAAAAGCCGGACCCCAGGCGGGGUGGGGUGCCAGAGUGGUUUGGGAUCUAGGGAGACGUGUCUGUUUGCUGUUGGACAGGCCGGCGGAGAAGUACAGCUGUGAGAAGACAGAGGCCCGGGUCUGUAUUUCUGCACAUCGCCCCCUUGAGGCCUGGAGGUUUCACCGACCAGAAAAGUGCCCCAAAGUGCAUCUGUCACCUCAGCUGACCCUCUGAGUAACCACUGCAGUCCACAGACCACAUAUCAAGCUUUGCAUCUCUGCCGCAGUUUGUGGCCAAAUUCCAGGCCAUUUAAUUUAAAUCAGCCUCCUUUGUCUGAGCUUGGGAGUGUGUGUGUGUGUGUGUGUGUGUGUGUGUGUGUGUGUGUGUGUGCGCGCGCGCGCGCCUCUGUGUGGACGUGUGUGUGCGCGUCUGUGUGUGUGUGCGCGCCUGUGUGUGUGUGUGUGCGCGCGCCUGCGUGCCCUGUGGGUGUGUGUGCGUGUGUGUGUGUGCGCGCAUCCUCCAUUCGCCUGUAAAGGACAUGUUUGAGAGACAAAUGUCAUCCUGGGUCAAGGCAGUCUUCAGAUGCUCUCAGUUUGCCUUCUGUUUUCCUGCCAAGACUUAGGUCUGGCUUUGGGAGGAAAUAAGAGACGUCCUCCUGCAGCCAUUUUGUGUGAGUAUUUGGAAAAAAAUAAAAGGAAUUCUGUGGAAUAA